GUGGUCCGGUACCAAAGUUGGUGUAAGAUCCCUAGGGACCUUUCUCCUAAAAUCCCACUGUUACCAUUAGUCAUGGGGAGUAUUGCCGAGGAACCACUGGUGAAAAUACCAGUCAUUGACAUCUCAGGGUAUUUGGCCGGCGACCCUGAAGCCAAGAGGCAAACAGCCUUGGAAGUUCGCGAUGCGUACGAAAAUCAGGGAUUCUUGCAGGUCAUAGGACAUUCCGUGCCUCCGGAGGUUCAAGAACGUUUCUUGUCUGCGAUAGCGAGCUUCUUUGCCCUCCCAUUGUCGGAAAAGCAGAAGGUGUCGCAGGAAAACUCAAAGUGCUACCGUGGCUACGAGCGCAUCGGCGGUCAAAAGCUAGACGAGCUCGACACUUCAGCCACUCCGGAUCAGAAAGAAGGCUUCUCGGUCAGACCGGAACGACCACUGGGCCGCUUCUUGCAAGGUCCAAAUCAAUGGCCGGAGACUUUGCCUGGCUUCAAGGAAGCCUACCUCGACUACUUCAACGCCGUGCAUGAGCUGUCAAAGAACGUGUUCAGGUUGAUGGCUUUGUCGUUGGAUCUGCCGGAAGAUCAUUUUGAUGCAUUUGCGGCCGAUCCAGAUGGACUGUGUCUUUGUCGAUCCCAUCAUUAUCCUCCCACACCUGCCGACGUGGCCGGCAGGACUCGAGGUGUCGGCGCUCAUACCGACUUUGGAGCUUUGACAUUGCUCCUCCAGGACGAAGUCGGCGGGUUGGAAGUUUUGCAUAAGCCCACCGGUACAUGGCACCAUGUCCCUCCUGUCAAGGGAGCGUACGUGUGCAACAUCGGUGAUCUGAUGCAAAGAUGGACAAACAACCGGUACAAGUCGACCAUGCAUCGUGUCAUCUCGCCCCUGUCGGGCAAGGACCGAUACAGUUGUGCAUUCUUCAAUGACGGUGCGCUGGACACCAUCAUUGAGUGCUUGCCCACUUGUAUCGGGCCUGGCGAGAAGCCGGCAUACGAGCCACUAAAGGUUGAGAAGCACAUUGUUGAACGAUACGUGCAGAGCUAUGGGGCCGGUGGGACUGUCUUGGUGGCUGCAUGA